AAUAGGCGAGGCAGGGGAGCCGCGCGGUCCCGGAACUUUCCCAGGGGUCGGCGGAGGCUCGGCCGGGCCAUGGAGGAGGGGGCUAGCGCCGCGCCCCCGCUCUGGAACUGGGACUACCUGGAGCGCUGCUUCGCCCGCCGCCGCGUCUGCAUCUCCUUCGGCCUGUGGAUCUGCGCCGCCUGCUGCUGGAUCGCUGCCCACACGCUGAUUCUCUACCUGAGAUGCACAAAGAAGUGUGGCCAAGACCAGUCGAUACUGUGCGCUGCGUUCUGCCUCCUGACAAGUCUGUGCGACACCGCGGGAGCCAUUCUAGCCAGACAGCUCACCAUCCAGGUGUUCACUGGGGCCUACUUAGCAGUUGUCGACUUUAUGAACUUCAUGUUCACUCUCUUUCCUGUCUGUGGAUCCAAAUCCAAGUCCGGUCAGAGAAGCAGGGAGAGGAGGAGACGGCGUCUUAGAGCCAGUGUGUUUGCCCUGGCUCUGCCGCUGAGCCUGGGUCCAGGCUGGGCAGUCUGGACUGCUAUCCCCAGGGCUUCAGCCCCAGUCCGUGGACCACAGCGGAGGCUGCUGGGAAGCCUUCUGCAGGAGAACCCGGAAGUCUUCGGCUACCUGCUGGGUACCAUUGCUGCCUUUGGCUCCUGGGCAUCCCGGAUCCCUCCAUUCUUCAAUAUCUGUCGGGGGAAGUCACUCUCCUAUAUCCACCUGUGGACCCGGUUCCUGUCAGCUUUGGCUAGUCUCCUCUACGCCUCAGCCAUUGUGGCCCAUGACCGGCAGCCUGAAUAUCUCCUUCAGGCCACACCUUGGUUCCUGAUUUCACUGGGCCGAGCUACACUGGACCUUGCUAUCAUCUUUCUGUCCUGCGUGAUAAAGAGCAGGAUGAGCCGAGCCUCCCGAUUUGCUGCUGCUGAAGCCAGAGAGAGUGCGGACACACAAGCCCUUUUGACCUGUGCAGAGAAGGAAGAAGAAAACCAGGAGGCCAGGAUUGAGGACAAGAUCUCAGAUUGGGUGCCUCUGACCAGCCUGUCCCACUGCAAGCCCCUGAGGACAAUGACAGCCAUCAGUCGCUACAUGGAGCUGACUAUUGAGCCUGCACAGCAGGCAGGCUGUAGCGCCACCAGGCUGCCCGGUGAUGGACAGACGAGCACUGGAGAUGCCUCCUUGCAGGAGCCUCCCUCCUACCCUCCCAUCCAGGUCAUCCAGGCCAGAGUGUCUUCCUCCGAGGCCUCCUCCGAAGUCUCCUCCAUCAACUCCGACCUGGAGCAGAAGUAUUGGGAAGCCCUAAACUUGGAGCAGUGGGACCCUGAAGAUGUCAACCUUGAAAGGAAAAAAGACGAGGAACUCCUUAAAUCCCAGGCAUACAGGGCCUCUUUGAGCCCAGUGGACUUGGCCUCUGAUGACUAGCAUCUUCAGGAGCCAGGCCAUAAGCUUGGAACUCAAAGUCAGGUGUCUUGUCAGUGACUAGAUGGGGACCAACCUAUGAGGCCACCCAGGUCAGGAAUGGAAGCUGCUUACAGAAGCGUCCCAGGGAAUGAGGAACUCUGAGCUGUCAUUUAGCUUGGCUAGUCUACACCACAGCUCAGAAUGGAGAUGUGAACCCUGGUGGACAGUUCUGCACAUGCCCAGUUCGCAGAUGGAUCCUGUUAGUAAAGAUGGGCUUUCUUCCAAAUAACACAGGAUCUAUCCCCAUGAGAUUCAAACAUAAAUAUUGUUUGCUUAAUAACGGGAUCGAACUCGCCAAGACCUACUAUUUGGAUCUCAGUGGGAUGCAUUCUUCAAGAUUCAACUAAGCCCAGGUGAGAGAGUGGGUCCACCAGCUAGGAGACCUGGGCCUGUGUACAGGAACUGGCUUCUGCCUCCCAGGCAAUUGAUCAUUGGCUGGACAAAGGCAACCACUACCUGCUCUGGAGUAGCAGGACUCCCUCCAGCCUGGCAGAGUGUGUGCUGAGGCUGGGUGACGGGGUCUCAUGUGCUUUUGACGAUAGCAGAAAGCUUGAUUUGCAUACAGGCACAUGGAAGUACACUUCCAUGUUCGGGCAGGCUAUUUGAGGAUGAUUUUAAUAACGUGACUGUGAGUGAGGGGAAGAGUAAAGGGAAUUGGACCAGGCAAGGACAAGCACUGGGGUGAAUAAAUUUUGGUUGAAUGAGUUAAAAAUGUCUCACGAUGGAGAACGGGAAUCAGUCUGAAUCCCAGCACGGAGGGCUGCCACAAGGGGACCUGGACAGAAUGCCAAGGCACACAGCUCUGCCCCCAGCUGGCCCACAACCCAUCUGUGAGUCAGCCACAGCUGUCCAGGUUCUCCUGAGGGCAAAUCCCAACAGUGUGAAGAAUGGGGUGCUGGUGGAGAUUGGUUGGUCAUGCAGUUUUCUGCAUAGUUCCUAAGCCCCUGGGUGACCUCUAAACUAGAAUUCAAAGCCACUUUAUCUGCUCUGGGUCCUCAGUUCUCUUGUGAGGUGGCUUGCUGAAGUCAGCUUUGCUGUGUAGUCUUAACCACUGAAACCACUAUGAGGAGUGGACCACAGAGGAUGUGGUGAAGUGGAACAUUCCAGCCCAGAACAUUCCAGCCUGGAACAUUGAAAACUAGAGGCAGGGAGGGGCGGAAAUCUAGUUAAGGAAGGAGAAACCUGGCGUGGCCAGAAUGGCUGGUUGACGUAGUUUUGAAAGGAGAGAGCUGGAAAAGAACCAGGCUGUGGCUAGAGAUUAGGGAGUUAGUGCUGAAUUCUGUAGACAGGCAGGACAAAGCAGGAAGGUGACUGGCUUGCUCAAGCAGACUACAAUUAGUGAAUUUCUCAUCCCUGACUUUUCGUGAAGCAGAAAUAUAGUCAAGGGUACAGAGUAAACGUGAGACACGUGCUUAAAGUAUGUCCCUUAAAAAAAAAAAGAAAGAGAGAAAGAAAGGAAGAAAGAAGAAAAAACCCCAGGACUGUAAGAGGCCAAGAUAACCUCAAAAUCAUGAACUUCCAACCUCAGCUUUUCAAGUGCUGGGAUUACAGGUCCCGGCAACCUUGUCUAGUCUUUCACUUUACAGAUGAAGAGACGUGUUUAAAUACAGUGUCCAAAUACAGUAUCAGCCUCACGAGUAGAUGUAGCCAUAAUCCAUGAUAAUAAAGGCCCUGCUUAAACUCC